AUGGUCCUCGCCUCCAAUGGCUCCACCUUUCCUGUCUAUGCGCAUGCUUCUGGCAAGUUGCUCUCCUUCGACGUCACGGCUCCGUCAUCCGUGUUGUCAAAGGGCUCUGCUGUGGCUACUCUCGCUGUCUGUGCGCACGCUAUUCAGUUUCAUGGCCUCUGUGCUGUCUGCGGCGUCGACAUGAGCUCGCUCGCUGCUCUCUCUGCCCGCUAUCACAUGCCUGAUGACGUCAUGGUCGACGACGACGACGACGGAGCCGACCCACCGUCAAGCAUGAUGUCGGUCACUCAUGAUGCCAAGGAUCUGGUGGUCUCGCAGGGUGUGGCCAAGGCCAUGGCUGUCCGGCAGGAGGCUCGGCUCAUCGCCGCUCGCAAAAUGGUUCUUGUUCUCGACCUCGACCUCACCCUUGUCCACGCUACCACUGAUGAUCGCGCUGCUGCCAUUGCGGGUACUGUGGUGCUGGACUUUGAGGCCAUGUCUGCGCCUGAGUGCGACAAGGGAGCGCUGGCUGACCUGCCGCCCAUCGACGCGCCCAACGUUGUGCUGCGGUUCCAGAUGGGCGGCGCGGCCAACUACUUUGUCAAGCUUCGGCCGGGCCUCCUCAAGUUUCUCCGCGACAUGAACGAGCUCUUUGAGCUUCACAUCUUCACUGCCGGCAACAGGCCGUACGCCGAGCGCAUCGCCAACAUUCUGGACCCGGACCAGACGCUCUUUUCGUCGCGCAUCGUUUCGCGCGACGACCUUGACGAUUCGUUCAAGGAGGACAACCAGAUCUUCAAGUCGCUCUCGCGCCUGUUUCCGUUUGGCGACUCGCUGGUUCUUAUUCUGGACGACUCACCGGCGGUUUGGGCCGCCAAUGCUGCCAACCUGCUCCAGGUUGCGCCGUACCGGUACUUUGUGUACAUGGCUGGCGUCAACAACUUUGCCAACACCACGGUGCUUGCCAACGAGUCGGGCGCUGGGCCAUCAGCACCGACGGCGGCCGAGGCCAAGGCCUCGCGCGACGCCAAGGCCGCCCAAGCAGCCGCGGCCUCGGUCGCCGUCCUCGCCCCGCUCGGCAUCGAGAUGGCCACGCCGCCCAAGGGCGAGCUGGAGCGCUUUGUCUUCCGCCCGCUGCCGGGCAUCCCCGCGCAGCAAGCCCCGUCGGUCCGCAAGCUCCGCCAUGACCUCCGUCAGCUUGAGAACAUACAGAAGGUUCUCUCCGAGGCCCACCGCAGGUUCUUCAUCGAACACGCCCGCGCAGAGGCUGGCGCUGACGACGCCACCCCUGACGCCAAAAUCAUCCUUCCCAAUCUCAAGCUCGCAGUCCUUGACGGCGUUCGUAUCUGCUUCUCCGGCGUCAUUCCGGCGCACGAAAAGUACGACGAGCAUCCGAUGGUUGCCCUCGCGGCCGAGUUUGGCGCCCGCAUCCAUCUCGACGUCACCAACGAUGUCACUCACGUUGUUGCUGCCCGGCCCACCUCCAAGGUCCUCAAGGCCCAGUCAAUGGUUGGCAAAUACAUCGUCCAUCUCGACUGGCUCCGCUCCUCAGUCAAGUACUAUUGCCGCCAGAACGAGUCGCACUACCCUCUUGGCACCAUCCCCACCCUCGUUACCGAGGCUAACCGCCGCGAGCCGCCGCCGGACUCGGAGUCGGACACGCCUGGCUUGACGGCAGAGGAUCUGCAGGCCCUGCAGCAAGACCUCGAUGACCUCAGCGACGACGACGACGAGAGCACAACCACCGAUGACGACAACAACAACGGCGAUGAGGACGGUGCCUCGUCGGACGCCAGCUCCGAGCCGGCAAGUCUCAAGCGCAAGCGUGACGAUUCGGCCUCGGCCGGCCACUCGGCGCCCAAGCGGUCCAAAUCGCUGGCUACAGGAUCUGCCGCGGCUUCCGAGGCGAGGCCGGCGACAGAAGUCGGCGACGAUGCCGGGCCGGCGACAGAAGGCGGCGACGAUGCCGGGCCGACGACAGGAGAAGGCAACGAGGCUGGCUUUGACUUUCUCGACGAUCUCUUUCAGUAGCAAGUUGUCAACAACGUAAACGCCAACCCAUCGCGCCCAUCGCCCGUCGCGCUCAAU